AUGAAGUGCCUUCUCUCCCUAGUCGCUCUCGCCACCGCGCUUAGCAGCGUCCAAGCAAGCCACGCUGCUGCUGCCCACGCUUUCCUGGAAAAGCGCGCCACCGACACGGUCACUGUCCAUCUCGAUCAAUGCCGAGGACGACCUCAGCAUUACGGAUCCGGAAUGCUCUACGGAGCUCAGGGCACCAACAGUCCACCUCAAUCGUACCUCGAGAAGCUAGGAAUCAACUCUGCGCCUCUUAUCACAGACAUUUCGGCGGGCGGUGCGCAGUCUCCUACCUCGGGCUGGGGCUCCUCCAAGGCCCACUACGACGCGCGCUUCUUGACCGUCGUGGACGACUGGAAGCGCAUGCAGGCCCUCAACGGCUCCUUUGUCAUCAAGACCUCGGACCUGUGGGGAGCCGACGCUACCCAGGGACCCAACUUCCCCUUCCCCGGCGACGGCGGCAACUGGGCUUCGUACGAUGCUUUUGUCCAGCAGAUCAUCUCGGACAUCAAGCAGCAUCGCAUGGACGUCAGCCUGAUGACGCAGAUCGAGCUCUGGAACGAACCGGACCUCGGCAAGGUCUUUUGGGGCAGGAGCCAGGAUCAGUACCUCGAGAUGUACGCCCGCGGUUCUCGCGCCUUCCGCAAGGCAUUCGGUCCCAAGUCUGACCACCAUCUGCCUCUGGUAGGCCCGUCGAGUGCCAGUCCCAACCCGAACAACGACUGGUUCAAAAAGUGGCUGUCGUUCGUCCGUGCCAACAAAGACGUGCAGCCCGACAUCUACAACUGGCAUCUCGAGGGCGGUGGAACCAAUGAUCCGGUGUCGUCUUCGCAGACCAUGCGCGAUCUGAUUCGACAGUACGGCCUCGACCUUGGGCUUGGGUUCCAGACCAACGAGUACGGUACACGCGAGCAGCAACGUCCCGGCUAUGCAGCUUGGCACCAUGCGCGAUAUGAGAAGGUCAAGUUCCACGGUAUGCGCGGCAACUGGGCAGGUGGUCCUGCUCUGCGAGACAACCUGGCUGGUUUGCUCAUCAAGAACCCCGACGGAUCCUACGCCGAGACGGGCGAAGCACACGUGUGGGCCAUCUAUGGAGGUCUUCAGGGCUCGCCGUGUGUUACGGAGGAGGGUCAUGCUCUCGACUCGUACGGUAUCGCCUCCCCCGCCAAGCGAACUGCUUCCGCUCUCGUCGGCAACACGGGCUUCACUGGUACCGCAAACGUCGUCCUCAAGGGCAUCUCUGCGCUUGCGAAAGGCGCCACGCACCUCCAGGCCGAGGUACAGGUGAUCCCGUACAACCACGGCGCUCCUGUGGCUGCUCCCGUUCGUGUCGCUAAUCAGCCCGUCAGUGUAGAGCAGGACACGGCAAGCGUCCAGAUCAACUGGACCAACGCCGACGACGCCUACCUGGUCACCAUCACCGCAGCCUGA